AUUUAAAUACUUUAUUUGUGUAAUGAAUUCCGGUACAAACAUUUUUAAGAUGAAUAUUGAUGUUUGUUUCCGAGUCAUGCAUGUUUAUAAAUGUAUUUAUGCAUGUUUAAUUAACUUUUGUGGUGAAUCAACAAUCAACUGUCAUCGUGCACGCGUAAAUAAGCAACACGUUAAGUUAGUUGACAAGCAGUAAUGUCAGAUGUACCAGAUUUUAGUAAGAGUUCGCUUAUGCUCAACAAUGGAAUGGACAUACCGGCUAUUGGGAUGGGCACUUGCGGUGUGUGGAGACCUAACGAUGUUUAUGAUAUGGUGGAUAAUGCUUUGAAAGCCGGUUAUCGUCUUUUUGAUACAUCAACUACACAUCACAAUGAACAAGCAUUAGGACAUGCUUUAAAAGAGUUACUUCCGAAAUACAAUCUUAAUAGAGAUGAUAUAUACAUAACAACAAAACUUGAUAUUAGAAUUCCAGAUAAUAUUGUUAUGAGUGAACACGUGAAAAACAGUUUUGAAAUCUCGCUACAGAAUCUGUGUACUGAUUAUAUCGAUUUAUACCUAAUACAAUCCCCGGGAGUAGUUGCAACACACAAGCACAGCUCAAAUAAUGUUUCUCUGCGGUCUGACGCUUGGAGGAAUAUGGAGAAAUUGUAUGACGAGGGAAGAGUUAAUGCAAUUGGUGUAAGCAACUACUCGGUCAAGCAUAUGCGGGAAUUCAUUGCAAACCACACAUCAAUUAUACCAAUGGUGAACCAGGUUGAGUGGAGUCCAUCAUAUCAUCCAACUAACCUAAUCAGGUUCUGUGAAAGUCAUUAUAUAGUAAUGCAAGCACAUACUUCACUUGGUGGCGCUUCAUAUGGGAACAUGGGACUUUUAAGGAAUACUGUUGUGAACAACAUCGCAAGACACCACUCAGCUACGCCUGCCCAGGUUCUCUUAGCUUGGUCUGUUCAGCAAAAUAUUGGUAUUAUACCCCAAGCCACUUAUCCACAAUUUAUGGUGGAGAAUAUUGAGUUGAAAUUCAGAUUAACCAGCAAGGAAAUUGAAAUUAUGAGUAAUUUUGAAGAACGAAUGUGCAGCACUGAUUUUGAAACUAUCCGAUAAUUAAGUAAUAACCAUAAAAACGUUUUUAAAUCUUUUGUUAAGUUUUAAAAGAGAUUAAGUAUAUAUAUUUGUUUUAAAAUCAAUAUUCUAUUUAGGUUCACUAAAAGUGCAUUUCCAUGCAGAGUGAAUUUUGAAAUUAAAUGUUUUCUUAUAUUGAUAUAGAUAUAUAGAUAUGACUUAUUUUAUAAAUUUCUUAUUAGUAGUACCUAUUACAGGCAGGACCUUAUUAAACUGAAUUACACAACCUUAAGUUAAAAUGCUUUGUUAGAAUAAAUCAUAUUUAUUGGUGGCUUGGUCGGGAUCUGAUAAAUCUUUAUGCUGCAGGGUCUUUCAACAAAAACUGUUUUUUUUUAUUGUAAUUAAAUAAAGAAUUAAGAUGACAAUGUUUCAUUUUCUAAGUAUAGGAGAAAGGGUAAAACUUGCAAUCCUGACUGUAAAAUUAUAUCUGACAAAAACUAUUAUAGGUACUUAUACUAUUUAAGCUUUUUAUACUAAUAGCAAGUAAAAACUUAUGUUAAA